CCAAAAUUAAGCACUCUACAAAAGCCGGUACCCAAAACGAGACCCGUGAGCACCAACCAUGGCAGCCUCGACGACUGGAAUCCCUCACCAAGUGAGAGGGGUGAUGAAAUCAAGCGACCCCCUGCCUCUCACCCCAGAAGAACUCACCGCCGCUUGGUUCACCAAAAUUCUGGGCAAACCAGUCAAGGACGCAACGAUUGGUAAAGCCAUUCAUGGCACAGCUUCCAAGAUCCUCGUUGAGUUGACCUUUGAGGACUCUGCCGAUGCCCCGACCAAGGUUUGCGUCAAGGGCGGCUUUAACCCAGCUCUGUUGGCCAGCCUCCCCUUCAUGUUUUCCAUCUACAGACUGGAAGCCGAGUUUUACUACUACGUCGCCCCUACGAUCUCCAUACCUCUUCCUCCAACAGUAUAUUGCGGUACAGAUACGGUCAAAGGGCAGGGUAUUGUUGCAAUGGCCGACCUUGAGGCUCGCGGAUAUACAUUCGGAAAUCCCCUUGAGGCCUGGCCUGUCGAUCGUGUACAGGCAGGCGUCGAGCAGCUGGCUAUUCUACACGCUAGAACUUGGGAUAGCAAGCCUGAGGACUUUCCAUGGGCCAGCGAAACCGUUUCGCUCAGAGACGCCGUCGUGGGCCUGAUGGCCCCGGAGGAAUGGGGCAAGCGAUUUGCUGGAGAUGCCAGACCUCCAGUGCCGGACUUCAUGGUGGACCGCGAGCGGAUGACUGCAACGUUCAAGGCCCUCUGGAAGCCAUCCAAUUCAACGCUCAACUGCCUCGUCCACGGAGACGCGCACAUCGGCAACACAUUCAUUUCGCCUGCUGGAGAGCCCGGGUUCCUAGACUGGCAGGUCAUACAUGUCUCGUCGGCCAUGCACGAUGUUGCUUAUUUUAUCAUCGGUACGCUAUCUAUCGAGGACCGCCGGAAGCGUGAGAAGGAGCUUGUGCAGCAUUAUCUGGACGCCCUUCACCGUGCGGGAGCACCCAAGUUCCAGAUAGAGGAUAUUUGGAAUGAGUACCGGAUGCACGCUUUUCAUGGGUUCGCGUGGGCUCUCGCUGGGCCGAUGAUGCAGAGCCGCGAGAUUGUAGAUGUUAUGACGGGUCGCCACUGCGCGGCGAUUGUGGACCAUAAGAGCGUGGAGCUACUGGAGGGGCUUGAGGAGUACAUGGUGUUGGAGGGAACUGGUGUCUAACUCACUCUCUAGCUGCCCUCCAGUGUAGUUAUGUCUUGUC